GCGCCCCAAUCUCGCCGCCCCGACUCGACCCGACGCGACUCCCCUCCCAAGCCCAAAUCCCCAAAUCGCCCCUAAAACCCUAGCCGCCGCCGCCAUGGCCGCCUCCCCCACCGCCUCCGCCUCCGGCUCCGCGGCCGCGGCGGCGGCGGCCGCCUCCGAGGCCAACGACGGGCCCACGCUCUCCGUGGUCACCAAGCGCCUCCGCGCGCUGCGCAAGAAGCAGAACCGCAUCGCGCAGAUGGAGGAGGCCGUCGCCGCCGGCAAGACGCUCAACCAGGAGCAGAAGGAGGUGAUGCGCUCCAAGCCCACCCUCGCCGCCGUCAUCGACGAGCUCGAGCGCCUCCGCGCGCCGCUCGCCGUCGCCGUCGCCGAGGAGGUCUCCGUCGCCCCCGCCCCCGCCCCCGCCCCCGCCCCGGAGCCCUCCGGCUCCGAUUCCUCCGUCCAGGACCUCCUCGCGCUCGUCUACUUCGGCGCCCUCUUCGACGUCAAGCCGCAGAGCGACUUCAUCGCCACGAUGGUCGCGCGCGAGCAUGAGCGGAGCAGCUGCAUCACCUAUGACUGCGUCGGGGACGACACCGUGGACCUGCUCGUGGAGGGCGACCUCGACGUCGUGUCCGCUGUGGCCGCCCUUGCUGCGGCUCGCCCUGCUUCCGCGGUGGGCGUCUCCCACCGCGACGCGCUCCAGGCCUGUGCCCACCAUGCCCGCUUAUGGCUCGCCCGCGCUGACGAGCCCAUCCACCCUGGCUCCUCUGUUACUUAUGCUGCGGUGAGGGCUAAGCUGGACAGGAUCAUGGCAUCAGACUACUACACAGCAGCUGCAGUUGGAGGAGGGAGCUAUGGAGCUGAAGGUGUGCAGGCACAGGAGAGUAUGACUGCCUCACCAGAGGCAUCAGCAGUGGAGGAGAACCUAGCUGCUGAAGGUCACAAGGAGGAGAAGGAAGACUCCCAUGCUACGGAAAUUUACAAUGAUCAUCAGUCUGACUCAGCAGACGUGCAAAAUGUGGAUCGUGAAGCCCCCGUGAACCCUCCCGAGGAAUAUCCCUCUGUUCAGGCAGAGCAGGAGAAGUUUGACAUGGAAGAGCAAGAUGAGAGGGAUGCUGAGCCAAAAGAGCAGCAGUUCCAGCACCCUAGGCGGUCUCAUCAGAACCAGCGGGGAGGUGGUCGUGGCAGGAGGGGGGCCUACCCCAAUGGCCGUGGCGGGCGUGGAGGCGGCCGCGGCAUGGGCGGCGGAUACCAGAAUGGGCGUGGAUACCAGGGUGGGGGUGGCGGAUACCAGGGAGGCGGUGGCGGGUACCAGAAUGGCCGGGGUGGUGGUGGCGGUUACUACAACAACAACAACGAAGAAGGGUACUACCAGCCGAGGAACUUCAACACCAGGGGCAGGGGCGGUCGGUCUGGCGGCGGCAACUCUCACUACAGCAACCAGGGAGGAGGCGGCGCGCAGGGAGGCGGCCACGCGUACGCCGAGAGGGUUGAGGCAAAUGCUUAGUUGUUGAAUUGUUUUGCUUGGGUGGAGGUCACGAGAGGGAGAGAGUCUGGGAGCCAUUUUGUUAUUAUAGAACUAACUUAGCCUGUUAUUACGUCGCAAUCCGUCCCCCAUCUGUGAGUUGGUUUUGUUGGUCCAAUCCAAUGACUGCAUAUGGUUGGUCGAUAAAUGUGGAAUCUUUGUCGAAAGUAGCUUCAGGUCAUGAAGGGAGUUCUCAUGGUGGA